CACCACCACACAAACCGCAUCUCACACCACUGCCCGCACCACCAGCACCCCACACACCAACCGACUGUCGCCAUGUCUGAGAAGAAGAGCAAGCACAGCUCGAUUGGGCUUGCGGAGAGCGCGUUGGACGCCCUGCUCCAGGCCGUCUCCAAGAACAGGACCGACGACGCAGCGAACUUUGUUUCCAUGCUGGAGGAUAUGAAGAAGAAGUGGAAGGAUGCUGGCCCAUCAAAAACCGGUUGCGUCAACAUGGUUGACCGUGCCAUCAAGUUCAUCCACGAAGCAUACGAGGAGUGCGAGGGAGACCCAGACAUCAAGCCCAUCGCAGGAAGUGAACUGUCCGCCCGCUCCUCAGACGGCCACCUGCCUGACAUUUACAACGUGCGGUCGUUCCGCAACCGCUACAAGGAGCUGCGGCGUGAAGUGCUGAGCAAGUUGGCAGACCUCAAGGAGGAGCUUGGCACCGUCAUUCCCAUGAUCUGCCAGCAGUCCAUUGAACACAUCCACGUCAACGAGAUUGUCAUGACAAGCGGUUACUCCACCACCAUCCUGGAGUUUUGCAAGAAAGUGCGCGCGAGCGGCCGCCAAUUCCACAUUAUCGUCGCAGAGAGCGAACCCGUCACAGCGGUGCGCGCCAUGGUUCGGGACGCACACAUGAUCAACCCGUUGUACGACUACAUCCCUCCAAGCCUCGUCAACAUCAUCAUCACAAACACUGACAGCUACGCUCCUCAGAACAUCUAUCGCGCCGUGGCUGACCUCUACGUCUCCGUCACGUCAUAA